UAGUCUGAUCACAGCACAGAAAAUAAAACGAGUAUACCCACUCCCAGCCAUGUUGACGGAUUUGCUGUGGUCACUUAUAGUUCAAGUCAGUCUCAGCCAUUCGUGGUGAAUGAGCAGUUGGAAACAAAACAAGGGCGCUCGCUCGGCGGUCAAACAAUAACUUCCUCCCUCAGGCCCCUGCAACCUGGACUCAGGCCAUAUCAUGACAUUUCUCAUUCCUGCCCAGAGACGCAUGCAUGGCCACGUUACAGUGGCUGGAGAAUAACUGUCAGCGUCUUGCCACUGACAUAUUAGUCACUGUGGAGUACAGUGAGUGGUGGUUGCACUGGUGACCAUUGUGUUUAGUCAUAAAAACUCUUGCAAGAAUCGGAACGGGGAAGGAAAGAGCAGUGGUCAAAGUGGUGCAAACACAUCUUGUUUUCCAAUAAAAAGUGGUGAAUCAGAAGUGCACUUUUACUGCCGGUAAAAGCAAGCAUGAUCCUACCUUUUACAAUAAUCACACUGAUUAUUGGAUUGCGGGAUGCCCAAAGGUUACACAGUUGCAUCAAUAUUCCAUUUUACUUGGUUCUGUAUAAAAUUGUCUACUGUUUGACAAGCUAUUUUGCAGGAAAAUCUAUGUGGCGAGAGCUGAAAUAAGAAUGCUGUUUACAUGCAGACUUGAUGUCCCACAACACUCAGCUCAUCCUUGAGAGCUCUUUAGUGGAUGGGCAUUCCCACGGUGACGGCCGCUCGGAUACUGAAGGGUCAGCUGAGUGGACAGCCUGGAGAGGAAACCCAGCUUGAGAUGGACAAGUUCCCCUAUGUGGCUUUGUCCAAGACAUACAACACCAAUGCGCAGGUGUCCGACAGCGCUGGCACAGCCACAGCCUAUCUGUGCGGAGUCAAGGCCAACGAGGGCACGGUGGGCGUUAGCGCCGCCGCUGUCCGAUCCCAGUGCAACACCACCCAGGGCAACGAAGUCACUUCCAUCCUCAAGUGGGCCAAGGAUGCAGGCAAGUCGGUGGGAAUAGUGACGACGACUCGCGUCAACCACGCCACGCCCAGCGCUGCUUACGCCCACUGCGUGGACCGAGACUGGUACUCUGACAACGAGAUGCCAGCGGAGGCGCUGCAGGCUGGCUGCAAAGACAUCGCCAGACAAUUGUUUGAAAAUAUUCCAAACAUCGACAUUAUUAUGGGUGGCGGAAGGAAGUACAUGUACCCCAAAAACACGCCGGACGUUGAGUACCCCGACAUCGGGAAGCACAACGGCACGCGAAACGAUGGCCGGAACCUGGUGCAGGAGUGGGUUGACAAAAUGAAGGACAAGAGGGGCCAUUACGUGUGGAACAAGUCACAGCUCUUAGCACUCAACCCCAGCAGCGUCAAUUACUUACUGGGUCUAUUUGAACCUGCGGAUCUUAUGUACGACUUGGAGAGGAACACUGACAAUGAGCCUUCACUCACAGAGAUGGUGGACAUGGCCAUUAAGAUACUUAGGAAGAACCCCAAAGGAUUUUAUCUGCUGGUAGAAGGAGGACGUAUCGACCACGGUCACCAUGAAGGCAAAGCCAAGUUGUCCCUGUACGAUGCAGUGGAAAUGGAUAGGUCCAUCGGCCGAGCAGGUCUCUUGACCAGUGCAUUCGAUACAAUGACCAUCGUCACUGCUGACCACUCGCAUGUGUUCAACUUUGGAGGUUACACGCACAGAGGAAACAGCAUUUUCGGCUUAGCCCCAGAGGUAAGUGAUGUUGACCAGAAGCCCUACACUGCCAUCGCAUAUGGAAAUGGACCAGGUUACAAGGUGGUCAAUGGUGAAAGAGAGAAUGUUUCCACUGUUAACUACGAGGAAGCCAACUACAAGGCCCAGUCAGCCGUUCCUCUGAACUAUGAAACGCACGGUGGCGAGGACGUGGCUGUGUUCGCUAAAGGUCCGCUGGCUCACCUGCUGCACGGCGUCCACGAACAGAACUACAUCCCGCAUGUCAUGGCCUAUGCGGCCUGCAUCGGCAGCAACACAGCGCACUGCUCGAGUGGGACCAUCGGCGUGCGCCCCGUCCUCUCCAGCGUCGUCACUAUGCUUGCAGUCACACGUCUUCUGUGCUGACAGCACCUGACCAUCUGCCAUACAUUUUGUGAUUUUACUUUUAUUUUAUUUUUUAAACUCCUCAUAUUCUGACCACUAUGUUUGACAACAUAGUUUAGAUAACACGUUUAGAGUCUUCAGGAAUGUAAAAUACGUCAUAAUAACUCCAGAUGCGUGAAGGUUGCCACAUGAUCAGAGAGUCCUGUCAUGGUGUGUCUAUUGAAUGGCUUUGUCAGCCUUUAGGGUGACAACGCUAGAUACAUUGGCUUGGUUUUGAUAACAUCUACCUCAUUGGUGUAAAUAUGACAGGAUGUGGUUUGUGCAAAAAUUGGCAUUUUUGAAUGACUUGUUGACAACAAAAAAGAGGCUAACUGCACUGUGAAAACGUCAGAACUUUGUUGUUUCACAGAAAUCGUAUUACCAUAGUAAAACAUUCAACAGUAGGACUCAUACAGCAGGAUUACAGAAAACAUACACACCAAGAGUAUUUAGAUGAGUGCUGCAUGGGCCUAGUGAGAAGCAAUUACAUUUUGGUCAGAAUCAAGCAAAAGGUGCAGAUUUAUCAUGUCACUAUACUUGCAAUAUCAUGGGAACCGUCCACGGCCCAUUUGGUUUUCAUCCUGUAUGAACCAGGAAGUAGAAUGCUGACUAAGAAAAAUAAGACUACGACUGUCUUCGACUAAGGAUUUUCAUAAUCGAACUUGAGUCGUCAGAUUUUGUUCAUAGUCGAAUAUAUAUAUAUAUAUAUACUGUAUAUACAGACACUGAACAGUUUGGCCUUGGUGGAGGUUUGCACAAUUCUCAGUGACGUGCUAGAUGUGUAUGGUCAUUGAAGCAUUGCUAAAACAACACAUCUAAUGGUGUCCUUUUUACGGCAUACAAUACCGACUUUUGCACGGUAUUGUAUGCCAAGGGAAAAUUGACACAAAUUGGACAAUUUAGUGUCCACAAUAUUUUUCAGGGCCAAAAUAUUUUCCAAAAUGUCACAUUUCUUGUACUUUUCCAACUGCCCUGUUGCUGUGGUUCAUGUGGAAUGUGACUGGACUCAUGGCCCGGCAUUGUGCGCCCGCUAGCAUAACAGUGGGGUCCUCUUGCUGGAUGAAGCAUAAAAGGAGGAGGGGAGUUUACUCCCAAACUGUUCAUCAUUAAAAUCAUGAGUGUGCA